AUGGAUCCCGUUACAGUUUCAGCGCACGAUCAGGCGCUCAGCUACAUCUCGGAUCCUCGCUUCAGCCAAGAGUUCAUUCUUCCCAGAACCGCAAACCGCGACUCCAUCACUGUUUGCUAUGCUGACCUGGGAUUUAAGCCCGAAUCUCCGACUGCGAGUCGCAGUACGCCAACUGUGCUCUUCAUCCCCGGCAUGUUUGGGUCCAGAUAUAUCGGAGGACUUCUAGAUCCAGUCGCGCGUAAAUUUGGAGUGAGAGUUGUGGUAGUCGAUAGACCUGGAAUGGGCCUUUCAACCCGCGUGCCGCUUUCGCAGCGGCUUUCGACGUGGAUUGAAGUCGUACCCCCUCUAUUGGCACAUUUAGAUAUCGAGCAUAUCGCCUUAGUUUCGCAUUCAUUUGGGGUGAUGUACUUGCUUAAUACCUUGCAUCAUUACCGGGAUAUGCUACAUCCUGAGCGGCCUUUUGUUGCAUUAAUGGCGCCGUGGGUUGAUCCAGCGCAAUCCAAACUUACAUUAUGGCAGAUGGCUCAAUAUAUCCCGACACCAGCCAUUAGUGUCAUGAACCGCAUUACACCUGCAUUCGCCACAAGUGGGACUAUUUUUACAAAGGCUAGCAGUUUUCUCUCUUCGUCUAUCUCUUCUAUCGGCGGUGGUGACGGGGAUGUACAGCUGGAACUAGGGCCAAUGCGUAUGAAGAAGAUUUUCGAGGGAGACACCACUGGUGCCAAUGACGAGGCACUUCAGUGCUUGAGAAAAGGCGACGGAUCGUCGUGGGGAGAGUGUGAUGACUACAAUGUCUUUGUAAAAGCAUUGGUGAGCGCUGAGAGGCAAAAACAACAGCUGGACGCAAAUUCUCAAGGCCACGCGAAGCUAAAAGUGAGGGCAUACUUUGCCGAAAACGAUGUCAUGAUUGGUAAAGAGGGUCAGAAGUACGUUGAAGAAUGCUGGGGAUGGCAAGAGAAUACAUUUGACGACGUCGUUGACUUCAGCUCAGCUACUGUCGCUGAUACUGACCAUGACAGCGUUAUGGAAUCCAUUGAAACACUCGAGAAGAUCUUCAAGGAUGUCAAAGGCAGUCUAACAUGA